CUUAUCCUAGCGAUUGGGAAUCGGGCCUGUGAGCCGGUUGGAGUCGCGGCGGCGGGAACAAUUGGGCCGAGCAGAGGAAGUCAUGUUGCUCUUCGUGGAGGUAACAGCUAAAGGAACUGGUUUAAAUCCUAAUGCCAAAGUAUGGCAAGAAAUUCCUUCUGGAAGUGCUGAUGCCAAUCCAGUAACUCAUGGAAUGGAUAGCUCUUGGCAUGAAACAGCAACUACAUCUGGGUCUCACUCUGAGGGUAAUUUAGAACCUUCAGAUGAUAUGUGUAAGGAAUAUGAAGUAAUGUAUUCUUCAUCUUGUGAAACCACAAGAAAUACUGCAGGCAUUGAAGAACCAACUGAUGGAAUGAUUUUGGGACCAGAGGAUCUUAAUUAUCAAAUAUAUGACAUUUCUGGAGAAAGCAAUUCAGCAAUUUCCUCAGAAGACCUAAAAGAAUGUCUGAAGAAGCAAUUAGAAUUCUGUUUUUCACGAGAAAAUCUGUCAAAGGAUCUUUACUUGAUAUCUCAAAUGGACAGUGAUCAAUUCAUCCCGAUAUGGACAGUUGCCAACAUGGAAGAAAUAAAAAAACUGACUACAGACACUGAUCUAAUUCUUGAAGUAUUAAGAUCUUCCCCCAUGGUUCAAGUUGAUGAGAAGGGUGAGAAAGUGAGGCCAAGUCAUAAACGUUGUAUUAUUAUUCUUAGAGAAAUUCCUGAAACAACACCAAUAGAGGAAGUGAAAGCUCUGUUCAUAAAUGAAAACUGUCCCAAAGUGAUAAGCUGUGAGUUUGCACAUAAUAGCAGCUGGUAUAUCACUUUCCAAUCUGACACAGAUGCACAACAGGCUUUUAGAUACUUAAGAGAAGAAGUGAAAACAUUUCAGGGCAAGCCAAUCAUGGCAAGGAUAAAAGCCAUCAAUACGUUUUUUGCUAAGAACGGUUAUCGAUUAAUGGAUUCUAGUAUGUUUAGUCAGUCCAUUCAAACUCAAGCACAGUAUGCAUCACCAGUCUUUAUGCAGCCUGUAUAUAAUCCUCACCAACAAUACUCAGUGUAUAGUCUUGUGCCUCAGUCUUGGUCUCCAAAUCCUGCACCUUACUUUGAAACACCACUGGCGCCAUUUCCCAAUGGUAGUUUUGUGAAUAGCUUUAAUACCCCUGGAUCUUAUAAAACAAAUGUUGCUGCUAUGAAUUUGGGUCGACCAUUCCAAAAAAAUCGUGUGAAGCCUCAUUUUAGGUCAUCCAUUGGUUCAGAACACUCAACAGAGGGGUCUGUAUCAUUGGGGGAUGGACCAUUGAAUAGAUCUAAUAAUUCAAGGAACUUUCCAAAUGAACGACAUAACCCAGUAGGGCAUCAGGAACAAACUUACCUUCUAAAAGAGACUGCCACUUUGUCAAUGGAACAGAAUGGGGACUAUGGUAGGGGCAGGAGAACUCUUUUCAGAGGUCGAAGACGACGGGAAGACGACAGGAUUGCAAGACCCCAUCCUUCACCAACUGAAGCAAAAGCUCCAACACCAAAGUUUGAUCUGUUAGCUUCAAAUUUUCCUCCUUUGCCUGGAAGUUCACGAACACAAGGUGAACUCCCUCUGGAGAGUAGGAUGUCUGAUGUUGUUAAAGGUGUUUACAAAGAAAAGGAUAAUGGCGAGUUGAAAAUUACUUGCCCAGUACCUGCAGAGGAUGAGCAGACAGACUGCAGCUCUGCCCAACAGCUUAGUAUGAGUACAAGUCCUCCAUCUGCAACUGAGCUUCCUGCAUUAAGCACAACUCAGCAAGAAAAAGAUAUAAUAGAGGAUUCUGCUGUUCAGAAGGAUGGCCUCAAUCAGAUGACUCUACCAAUUACUUCUCCAAGUAGUAGUACAAAGCCAUCAAGGACAAAUACCAUUUCACCAAGUAAUAAUAAUAUAAGUACAGCUGUAGCUGUAGCCCUACAGGAACCUCGAAAGUUAAGUUAUGCUGAAGUGUGCCAGAAACCACCUAAAGAGCCAUCUCCAGUUCUUGUGCAGCCACUACGGGAACUUCGCACCAAUGUAGUGUCUCCUACCAAAAAUGAAGAGAAUGGAGCCCCUGAAAAAUCUAUUGAGAAACCACAUGAGAAACCAGAAGCAAAAGCUAGCAAGGAUAUUUCUGGCUUUCGAGGCAGUACCAUUCCCAAGGGAACAGCUGGAAAAAUCAGGGAACAGAGACGCCAAUUUGGCCAUAGGGCUAUACCUCAGGGAGUAACUCGACGGAAUGGCAAAGAGCAAUAUGUGCCACCACCCAGAUCACCAAAGUAAAAAAAAAAAAAAAAACUAUUCAAAAUCUUCUCUCUUUUCCCAUUAAACUUGAGCCGUGGCUAUAUUGAACUGUUUGGUGGGGGUAGGGAGUAGCCAGAAAGAAAACAGGAAAAAGUAAGUAUGUAAAUUAUUACGGAUUUUGGUGGUGUGAGCAGUAGAAUCCCAAAAUUCAUCUCUAAAGUGUAAUCUAAGAUGCUGGAUGAUUACAAUCAGUAUAUACACACAAACACACACACACAUAUAUAAUUUUUCUAUAUUUCUUUCUGAUUUUAAUUUGCAGAUUAUUUCUGCCUGGAAUCAAUUUUGAGGAUUCAGAUUUAGCUGGGGAAAAAACAUAUUACAUAUCUUUCAGUACUGGAGAUGAGGGAGUUAGAGAAAAGAUUUUACUUAAGAAGCAUUUCUGUAAAAUUAGAAAUUACUUUUCUUAAUCUAUGUAAAGUUGACUUGGAAAAUGCUAUCUUUGCCUAUAAGGCCUUGUGUUGCAAAGCAGAUCAUUGGCUGGACUGCCUCUUGUGGGUGUGUGUGCACAAAUGAUUGAAGCCAAAUCUGUAGUCGUGUUAGAAAAUGACUUGAAAACUGA